GUCAUGUCAAACUGAAGUUGCUAGUGCGACGGUUGCUCUGCUGUGGUGAGAACUAUGUUCAAUGAGACUACAGUGGUCCUGACUGAAGUGGUCACAUGUCAUCAGGUGCCCUCAUUCAAAGAAACACAGCAAAUGAAAAACUGCAUGCCAGUACCUCACCAGUAACUGUAAGAGCUUCUCACAAACCUUCCAACAAUGCCCCUAAUUCCUCUCUUUCUCACUUAUCCCCCUUUCUCUCUCUCUCUCUCUACCCUCUCCCUCGCUCUCUCUCUCUUUCUCUCUCUCUCUCCCUCUCUCUCUCUCUCUCUCUCUCUGGUUCUAUCACCCCUCUACCCUUUCCUUUUCAUCUACCCUCUCUUGUUUUCUGGUUUUCUGCAUCUCUCCAUCUGUCUCUCUUCCUCUCCUCUCCUCUCCUCCUCUCUUAGAGUGUGUACGUGCAUGGGGGCGCGUUGGCGGUGGUGUGUGUGCUGCUGUGUGUGUGUGUGAUCCUGCUGGUGAGCCUGCCCUGGCAGCCCGUGGUGCGCCGCUGCGGAACCCUGCUGGCUCUCGCCGUCUGGGCAUGUCUCUACACCACCGCCAUGGUCUUCACCUUCACCGGGGGGCCCGUCACCGCCUGGGAACAGGUGGCGUUCUUCCUCUUCCUGUCUCUGAGUGUGUAUACGGUGCUUCCUCUGCCCGUGUCCUGGGCCCUGGCUGUGGGAAUCAGCACUAGUGUCUCCCACAUCAUCAUCAUCAGUAUUUACGUCCCCGUCACCACGCCAGAGAUGCCUGACCUGGCAGUGCAGCUGGUGGCUAAUGCGGUGCUGUUUGCGUGUGUGAACGGUGUGGGUUUGUUCCACCUGUGGCACACCAAACGGGCAGCCAGGAAGUGCAACAAGGACCGGGAGACCUUCAGCACCACCCGAUCCAAACUGGCACUGCAGAAACACAAACAGGAACGUUUGCUCCUGUCCAUUUUGCCCCGCUCCAUCGCCAUGGAGAUAAAGGCUGAGGUCAUCAAACGUCUGUCAGAAAACCAAUCCAGACAGGACCGAGGCCAGAACUUCCACAGCCUCUACAUCCGCCAGCACAAAGACGUCAGCAUCCUUUAUGCUGACAUCGUGGGAUUCACGCGAUUGGCCAGCAGCUGCACCCCCGAGGAGUUGGUGGCGGUGCUCAACAAGCUCUUCGGCCGCUUCGAUGACAUCGCCAAGGAGAAUGAGUGUCUGCGCAUUAAGAUUCUAGGGGAUUGUUACUACUGUGUGUCUGGCCUCCCGUACCCCAAACCCAAUCACGCGCGCCACUGUGUGAAGAUGGGACUAGACAUGUGCACUGCCAUCAAUAAGCUCAGAGAGGCCACUGGUGUGGACAUCAGCAUGCGAGUGGGUGUCCACACUGGCAAUGUUCUCUGCGGCGUGAUUGGCCUGCAGAAGUGGCAGUAUGACGUCUGGUCACAUGACGUGACAUUAGCCAAUCAUAUGGAGUCUGGGGGAUUGCCAGGGAGGGUCCACAUCACAGAGGAGACGCUGAGACACCUGGCCGGAGCGUACCAACUAGAGGAGGGUCAGGGGGAGACUCGAGAUCCCUACCUGAAUGGCAGGAGGACCUACCUGGUCAUCGACCCCCACAUCGAAGACAGCACUGCACAGAAACCUGAGUCCUGCUACAGUCUGACGGUGAGCGGCCGUAAGCAGCGGGCCUCUGUGAGGAUGUCCCAGUACCUGCAGUCAUGGCAGACCAUCAACCCCUUCUCCGACCUCAGCAACCCGGACGCCACACACACCGGCCCCUCCAGACACGCACUGCCUCCUGCUGGUCCACCCAAACAAACAGACGUUCAGUGCAACCUCUCCACCCAGGUGUCGAGUGAUGGCCGAGUUGAGUCUUUGGAUCCACUGGACGCAGCUGAAACUAAAGGAAAGAAGAUGGAUUGUUUAACUUUGUUAUUCAAUGACCUGCAACUGGAGAAACAGUACCGCGUCAUUGACCUGAAGGGGAUGCAUGAAUCAGUCAUCUGUCUGUCUGGCAUCUUCAUCACCAUGUUUACAGUCCAAAUGCUCGUCUCAAAGAAGAACGUGGCCAUGGCUGUGUCGUAUGGAGUCACUUUCCCCGUGCAGCUUUUGGUGCUGGUUCUUGUGCUUGUGUGCAGCGGGACCUUCAAGCGUUGGUACACUAAGAUGCCGGACGGUGUGCGCUGGAUGUCCUGCAAUGUGACCAGGGCCCUGUGUGUGUCGUUCAGGCUCCUGCUGGUCAUCCUCUGCCUGCUCAUCACCCUGCUGAUGGCCAUGCUCAACUUAUACUUCGCCCCAGGAGAGAACUGUUACAACGUCUCCUUUAAUGCAACAUCUCAGAAUGUAACCACCUUGGCAGACUUGGAUCUUUACACUGUGCCUUACUACUUGUACUGUUGCCUUUUGGCCAUGCUGAGUGUGGUGGUGUUUGUGAGAGUGUGUUUCUCCGUCAAGUUCCUCCUGCUGUCUCUGGCCCUGGCCGUCUACCUCGCUUUGUUCCUGUACGAGUACGCCCCGCGCUCCAAAUGCUACCUCGCACAGCUCUACGUCAGCUACAACCACAGUGCUGGAGUUCUAAAAGAUCCUCAGAUAAUGGCAGGACUUUGGCUCAUCAUAUUUUAUUUCAUCUGCCUCACCUUGGCAAGACAAGACGAACUGAGCUACCGUCUAGAGUUCCUGCUGGAACGGUGCUUCAAGGCGGAGAGGAACAAGAUGGAGACCAUGGAGAACGUCAACAAACUGCUGCUGGAGAACGUGCUGCCUGCUCAUGUCGCUGCCGUCUUCAUGGACAAGAAGACUAUCUGCAACCAGUACCUGUACAGCAAGUCAUGUGAGUGUGUGUGCGUGAUGUUUGCGUCAGUGCCGGACUUCAAGUCCUUCUACACAGAGAGCAGUGUGAACCAUGAGGGCCUGGAGUGUCUGCGCUUCCUUAAUGAGAUCAUAGUGGACUUUGAUGAGCUGCUCUCCAAGCCCAAGUUCCAUGCAGUGGAAAAGAUAAAGACUGUGGGAAGCACUUACAUGGCGGCCGCUGGACUCACCAAACCCUCCAAGGGAGAGGAAAGACAGGAGUGUGACAUAUCUUACAGCCAUGUGCGCAGCAUGAUUGAGUUCUCCAUGGCCCUCAUGAGAAAGCUGGAGAACAUCAACUCCCACUCUUUCCAGAACUUCAAGCUCAGAAUUGGAAUAAACCAUGGCCCUGUUAUCGCAGGGGUGAUCGGGGCACAUAAGCCUCAGUAUGACAUCUGGGGCAACACUGUGAAUGUGGCCAGCAGAAUGGACAGCACUGGAGAACUGGACAGGAUACAGAUCACAGAUGAGACCAAGAAGGUGGCGGUGUCGCUGGGCUUCAGUGUGACUCUGAGGGGGGUCAUUACUGUGAAGGGAAAGGGAGAGCUGACCACUUACUUCAUCAACCAUGAGCACUCGCCCCAUCCCUGAACUCUACACUCUAAACUCUGAACUCUAAACACUAAACUCUGAACUCUGAACUAUAAACUCUGAACGGUCACCACAGGGAUGAAAACACUUACUUCAUCAACCAUGAGCACUCGCCCCAUCCCUGAACUCAAAACUCUAAACUCUAAACUCUAAACUCUGAACUCUGAACUCUAAACUCUAAACGGUCACCAUAGGGAUGAAAACACUGCCGCUGGGUUUGGGGAGGGUUGUUCAACUCACCCUAGAUGCCCAGAAAAGAAGAGGUCCAAAAAAGUCCAUGAUUUUCUACAGAGGGAACACUCGACACUCAUACACAUAGACAGAAAUGCAGACAAAUCUGUUCUAUAGAGCUUGUUAAGGUCCUAUACUAAACCAUCACUGUGCCACUGUACUAAUGAUAGGAAGUACUCAUUCCCAAAUGAAUCCAUUUGGAAAAAGUACAGACCACAAUGAAAUGUAGAGUCUGGAAAUGUCACACAAGUGGGUUUGUGAGAAUAAACAAGGACUGCACACUUCUCUACACCACUCACUUCAUCAAACACAGCCUUCCCACCAUUAAAAAAACACACAUGAUCUAUAUGCACUACAUCUUCCAUCUGUCAUCUGUCUUCCGUGUUUCUGUCUCUCACUCGCCACAAGGCCUGUACCACACAGCAGAUGAUUGUAAUCUGUUCCAGAGUCAGCUGUAGCCACCGUAUGUCCAUGAAGGGUGGAGGAGAGCUUGCACUGUGUGUCACAAUCACUUCCUCAGUUCAUAACUAAAUAACUGGGUUUACCAAUGACUCCUAACCACAUAGCUGCCUUUUUUUUUUUACUCAUGUCUCAUGUGAAUAAUCUGUUUCUGACCGCAUAGGCUAUAUGUCACCCAACACUGUGUAAUCAUGUGUUUCAGUAAUGAUGGAACUGGUUCAAAUCCGGCAGAGGUUCAACUGUCAUCUGGGACACAGUUUGCCAUUUUGUUUAAUAAUUAUCAUACCAUGUCAUGGAAACCAUUCUAGAACUAAGUGUGUAUUUGUGCAAAAAUGAAGCAUGGAGUUGUUUGAGCUUUCAAGUUGCCUUGUUAAGCAAUGUACGAUUCUAUAUGGUUAUGGAGAGCACUGGUUACCCGUCAGAAGAUUCUUGCUGGAAUGCACUUUUUAAAUUUAUAUUAACUUAAUGUGUAAAUAUUUGUUUUUGAAGAAUGAAGAUUUUCUACAGAAUAUGCACUAUGACUUUUUCCGUUGAGUAAAAUAGACAAUGUUAAAUCUGCACUGUGUAAAAUAAAGUGUAUUCUACUUCAAAA